CUGUGUUGGGGCUGUGCUGUGCUGUGCUGUGUUGGGCUGUGGACCGCACCGCUGACACCGGAUGUUUUUGUUGGAGGUGAAGGUUCGCUGUGGUAUCAGAUGACAGUGUGAGGCGGAGGACGGGGAUUGCGGGUUCGCCGCUGUUCUGGACGCGGAGCCGCGGAUCAUGAGCAGAGAGGGCGCGGAGAGCGGCAGCGACUGCGGCUCCGACAGCGGCUCCAUCGGCCUGGACUUCGCUUACUGCGGAGACCCGCAGCCCCGAGCGGAGCAGCGCGACCCCGACAGCGGAGCGGCUCCUGACGAUGGGAUGCACUUCAGUGAUGACUACUGCACAGAGGUCAAACCCAGGAUAUUGCUGAUGGGACUGCGGAGAAGUGAUCUGGGAUUUCCCGGGGCAGAUUGA